UACUGCUGCAUCGACUUGUACUUUCAGAGAGGUCUGAACUGCAGUCAAGGCAUAACCCGCUCAGCUACUCGUCACUUGGAUUCAGUCAAGAUGCAGUCACUUUUGUUGGUACUCCUGCUAUGUGCAGAUGCUUCAGCCAUGCCAAAGGGUCGACAGUUCGUUGCGGCAUUCUUUGAACAACUUUACCAAAGUGCAAGCAUUCCAAACAUGUUCUUUGUGAUUCUGUCUGAGGUGAAUGCCACUGUUCACGUUGAGAGUGGAUUCGGUAUUUCGAAAGAUUUACACAUCCAAGCCAUGGAAGAAUACAAGUACAAAGUUGAUGAAAGUUUUUAUUACCAAGCCAACCUUCAGGUGACUGACAUGUCAUUCUACUUUUCAUCCACUGAGGAUAUGACCCUGUUCUGUUACCACACACUUGCUCGUAGAGGAGAUGGAUACCUUGCCUUACCGACCGAGACAUUAUCGACGGAAUAUAUCGUAAUAACACACAUUGAUGAUAACACUGGAGAUCAGCCAGAGCUUGUUUACACAUCAACAACACAAACUGUUUUCCUCAUCGUCGCUACGGAGGAUAAUACCCAGGUGAACGUCAGUCUUAAAAUACAAGGACCCCUCAUGGCAGGUGGGUGUGGCAAUGGAACAUUCUUCAAUGGGGAGAGCAGAACGUUUACACUCAACAAGUAUCAGACUGUUGGUGCCUACUGUGCCGAGGACAUUACUGGAACACUGAUCACCAGUGAUAAACCUGUGGCAGUGAUUAGUGGACAUAAUAUGAAGUACAUGGCUGGCAUUAAAGAUGGCAUGCAAGAAAUGUUGUUGCCCGUAAAGUCAUUUGGAAGAAGCUAUUACUUGCCAGUACCACCAUCUAUCACUGGUGGGGCCAUAUACAGAGUUGUUGGAUCAGUAGCGUCAACCUCCGUCCGCUCCCCGUACGUCAGUGGUAUAUCCUUCAGCGUGGGUCAACGGGAGUUUCAUGACAUAACUGUUGACUCCUCCACAGGUCCAGUGUACAUUGAAGCGGACAAGCCCGUCAUGGUUGUUCAGAUAGCCAUAAAAACACCAUCACUGGCACUCGUUCCACCGACCAGUUUAUACUCCAGCUCUUAUGCCAUCGGAAAACCUGUUAUUCAUGCUACAUAUGACCUGAAGAAGGUGUAUAUAACAGUCAUUGUUCCAACUGACAAGGUUCUCGGAAUACGUCCACAGAUAUUUCCCCAAUUUAAGGUAAUUAAAGGAAGCUGUUUCUCUGAGGCAUCAGUGGAGUUGACAACCCCAGGAUUUUACCGCCUGACCCACGUUGAUGAUGUUCCAUUUGGAGCUAUGAUGUACAUGUUUCCGUUUGCUGACACUCAGUGUGUGUUUACCCACCCGGCUGGAUUAAAUCUGACAGAUGAUGCAGAUAAAUCCACGUGUCCCUCAUCGACUGUGUGUUCGGAUGGGACUCCGUAUCCUUGCUCGUGUACGUCAGGAUAUUUUGAAUACAUAUGCAAUGACACUUCAGACGGCUGCACGAUGGAUCCCUGCCAGUACUCCAGUAACUGUACUGACCUGACGAACCUGUACCAGUGUGACUGUGUCAAUGGAACGGGAGGUGCACACUGCGAGAAUGAUAUCGACGACUGUCCCGGGAAUUCCUGUCAGAAUAACGGCACGUGUGUUGACGCUGUCAACGCCUAUUCCUGCACGUGCGUUUCUGGUUAUACUGGAGAAGAAUGUCAGACAAACAUGGACGAGUGUGCCAGCAACCCGUGUGUGAAUAGCGGCACAUGUGUAGAUGGAAUAGAUGGGUUCACCUGCAGCUGUCCUGUGGGCUUCAAUGGCACAGUCUGUCAAAUAGACACCAACAUCCAAGCCACAACUCUCGACACUACCCUUCCCGCGAUCACCGAAACAUUCUAUAAGAAGGCAGCGGAAGGAGCUCAUGGACAGACGCUGUUUUCACAAGAGUCAGUUUCGGCUACCCCGUACGUGACUGAGGAACUCGAGUACCUGGAAGACUGCCUUGUCCUGUGCAAACAGGAAGUUCAAUGUGUGGCAGUGUUGUACACAGUGUCCGCCUCAAGACAGUGUACCCGUCUUAUGUGACUUGAUUUGUUAUAAUGUAGUACAAUGGAAAUCCACUUUGAAAAGUCAUUUCAAACAACAGGCUAAUAUUUAUUACAUAAUCAUGUUUUAUUAAAAGAUUUUUGUUGGACAAGAACGUAUCGUGACAACAUAGACAAUAGAUACCUACACUUAUUGCAAUAGGUAACAGCAAAUGAUUUGGACGAUGCUUUGUAUAAUAUCAUUUCGAAUUCUGCUAUUUAUGAAGCCCCAAAAUAUAAGUGGAAAAUAGAAUACAAACAGGUACAAUUUGUGUAGCUUGAUGUCUGAAACUGAACAUGGACCCACUAUGAUUCCUGGAGUCUUUGAUAAUAUGCAAUUCAUCACUCUGCAUUGUCCAGAGCAAUGUAAGCCACAGAACCCUUUCACAUAUGAAUAUAACCUCACACAAAAGCCGAGUCGAGUGUACUUAAUCAUGAGCAUGACUUCAUGAAAUCACGAUCACAUAGUGAUGUACUACGUGUCUCCAUAAAGAUGACCGUAUCCUGUCCCACAAAUGCAAAAGAACAUGGAAUACAUUCAUCGGAACUGGUCCAACCAGAGAAUCUUCUCGGAUACCGUUGUUGUCACUGUUAUGUCAAAUGUGGAAAUGCCCUGCGCAUGUCAACCAUGAAACGUUCCGGAAGUUUUACUGAGUUCAUAAAAACAGUAACUUUCUUGGCAAGGGUUUAAUGGCGCUCUAUGAAAUCUUGUAAAAAGAACAUGAUCGAUUGUACAUGCACGUCUAAAGUUGUAAAAUGCUGAAAAUGUUAUUUCUAUACACAAUUCAACUAGUUCCGACGUUUACAAACAGACAGCGCUAAAUAGAGAUGUCUCAUAAAUGUUGGGCAUACAUAAUACCUGAAUGUAUAUUGGAUCUCUUUCCUUUUAAUCUUUCUUCAAACUAAACUAUUGUUUGAGUUAACUCUUCUAAACAAAUCAAAGUUAUGCCUGUAUUUGUUUUUAGUUCAUUGGAUAACAGAUACACCGUUUUAUAAAAGAAACUGUUGCUAGACUGGCUGAUACACUGAGGAAGGUAGGGAUGAUUAAAAGAUUUCACAUAUAUGAUAUGUUUCACCCGGAGACACCAAUACCUGCCACCAACACCAGGCUGAUGAUGUUGGGUUCCUGAUUUGGGGUAUGAAAUGAGAAGUGCCGUAAAAUACUCUUUGGUAUGCAUUUAAUGUCUAAGCAAGAAGACAAGAAAUGACAUUUGAAGCGGUGUAAAUGUUAUAAAUGUUGAAAGUGAUGUCUCAUUGAAUGUUUCUAAACUUGCAUGAUUUAUUUUCAGAAUACGUAUGUUUUGUUUUUACUUUUGUAUUCGGCCCAGGUAGUUUUGUAUAUAUGCAAGUGAAUGCAAUAUAUAUUCACCUAUUUGAUGACAUUAAUAUUAAUAAUUGUGUUGUAUAUCCGUUCAGUAUUUAGUACUGUACAUAGUUGUAUUGUUCACAUGACAAACAUCCUCUUCGUAACUGGAAAAUGAGUCAGUACAGAUUUGAUACACGUGAAGCUGUUUCUAUUGGUACAAUUGGUUACAAAUGAGAUCAGGAAGUCGGAUUCGCUGACUUGGUUAACGCAUGUCAAUUGCGUAAAUCGAUUCUCAUGAUAUCAAUCACUGGAUUGUUUGGUC